ACAAAGGUACUAUCCACGAUAAUCAACUUUUUGCUUUUAUUUCAACCGGACAAUCGUGAUUAGAAAAGCUCCUGUGACAAAAUUCAAGAAAAUCUGAUAUAAAUGAAUAACAACUCAACAUGUAUUCAACCAUCCAUGAUCUCUUCCAUGGCUUUACCAAUCAUUUACAUCUUCCUUUGUGUCAUUGGUCUCUUCGGAAAUUCUCUCUCUCAAUGGGUAUUUUUAACAAAAAUAGGUAAGAAAACUUCAACUCACAUCUACCUAGCACAUCUUGUGACUGCAAACUUACUUGUGUGCAGUGCUAUGCCUUUCAUGGGUGUCUAUUUCCUGAAAGGUUUUCAAUGGGAAUAUCGAUCGACACAAUGCAGAGUGGUCAAUUUUUUGGGAACUCUAUCCAUGCAUAUAAGUAUGUUUGUCAGCCUCUUAAUUCUAAGUUGGAUUGCCAUAAGCCGCUAUGCUACCUUAAUGAAAAAGGAUUCCACACAAGAGACCACUUCGUGGUACGAGAAAAUAUUUUAUGGCCAUUUACUGAAAAAAUUCCGCCAGCCCAACUUUGCUAGAAAACUAUGUGUUUACAUAUGGGGAGUUGUACUAGGAGUAAUUAUUCCAGUUAUUAUAUACUACUCAGUUGUUGAGGCCACGGAAGGAGAAGAGAUCCUGUGUUAUAACCGGAAGAUGGAACUAGGAGCCAUGAUCUCUCAGAUUGCAGGUCUCAUUGGAACCACAUUUAUUGGAUUUUCAUUUCUGGUCGUACUAACAUCAUACUACUCUUUUGUCAGCCAUCUGAGAAAAAUAAGGACCUGUACAUCCAUUAUGGAGAAAGAUUUGACUUACAGUUCUGUGAAAAGGCAUCUUUUGGUCAUUCAGAUUCUACUAAUAGUUUGCUUCCUUCCAUAUAGCAUUUUUAAACCGAUUUUUUAUGUUCUACACCAAAGACAGGAUUGCAAGCAACUGAAUUAUUUAAUCGAAAUAAAAAACAUCCUCACCUGUCUUGCAUCAGCCAGAAGUAGCACAGACCCCAUUAUAUUUCUUUUCUUAGAUAAAACGUUCAAGAAGACACUAUAUAAUCUCUUUUCAAAAUCUGAUUCACCACAUAUACAACCCUAUGGUUGACUUCUGAAUGGAAAACACCACCAAAUAGAAAAGUAUUCAUAUGACUUUAUUGGGGACACUAACCUACAUGAUCAACAGAUCAUAGCUUGGUUGAUAAUAGGCACCCAGAAAACCUCUUUGGUUUUUAAAAAUAAAUAAAUAAAUA